GAGGGGGGUGGUUGGGGGGAAAUUAAGGGAGGAGGAGAUACAUUUGAAGCAAAUAAUCCAUAAAAUCCGACCCUCCUCCGGUGCAAUUUCUCUCUCGCGCUGGUUUUCGUUGGGAUUAAAAGCCUCUUCUUGGCAAGAGAAGCAGCCAUGAAUUCAGCUGAACAAACCGUUACAUGGCUGAUCACCCUGGGGGUGCUGGAAUCGCCCAAAAAGAGCAUCUCGGAUCCGGAGGGAUUUUUGCAAGCGUCUCUGAAAGACGGGGUGGUGCUUUGCAGGCUGCUGGAUCGCCUGCUGCCGGGUACCAUAGACAAAGUUUUUCCGGAGCCCCGCACCGAGAGCGAGUGCCUGAGCAAUAUCCGCGAGUUCCUUCGGGCUUGCGGCGCCACCCUCCGCCUGGAGACAUUCGAUGCAAAUGAUCUCUAUCAAGGGCAGAACUUCAACAAGGUGCUCAGCUCCUUAGUUGCUCUAAAUAAAGUAACAGCGGAUAUUGGGCUAGGAAGUGAUUCUGUUUGUGCAAGGCCAUCAUCUCACCGGAUAAAGUCUUUUGAUUCCCUGGGAUCCCAGUCUUUACAUAGCAGAACGUCUAAACUUUUUCAGGGCCAGUAUCGAAGUCUGGAUAUGACAGAUAACAGCAAUCACCAGCUGGUGGUAAGAGCAAAAUUUAAUUUUCAACAGACCAAUGAAGAUGAACUUUCUUUUACAAAAGGAGAUAUUAUUAAUGUUACAAGAGUGGAAGAAGGAGGCUGGUGGGAAGGAACUUACAAUGGCAAGACAGGCUGGUUUCCUAGCAAUUAUGUACGAGAAGUAAAAUCAAAUGAAAAACCUGUCUCCCCCAAAUCGGGAACCCUGAAGAGUCCUCCAAAGGGGUUCGAUACAUCUGCCAUUAGCAAAAGCUAUUACAAUGUGGUGCUACAAAACAUUCUAGAAACAGAAAAUGAAUAUGCUAAGGAACUACAGACCAUGCUUUCCAACUACCUGCGACCCUUGCAAGCUAGUGAAAAGUUAAACUCUACAGAUACUUCAUAUUUAAUGGGAAAUCUAGAAGAAAUAAGUUCUUUUCAGCAAAUGCUUGUACAGUCUUUGGAAGAAUGCACCAAGUUGCCUGAAGCUCAGCAGAGGGUUGGUGGUUGCUUUCUAAAUCUGAUGCCACAAAUGAAAAAUUUAUACCUUGCGUACUGUGCCAACCACCCAUCAGCAGUAACUGUUCUCACAGAACACAGUGAAGAGCUAGGAGAAUUCAUGGAGAUGAAAGGAGCUAACAGUCCUGGAAUUCUUGUAUUGACAACGGGCCUGAGCAAACCCUUUAUGCGCCUGGAUAAAUAUCCAACAUUACUCAAAGAACUUGAAAGACACAUGGAGGAUUAUCAUCCAGAUCGGCCUGACAUUCAGAAAUCCAUGACAGCCUUCAAAAAUCUUUCUGCACAAUGUCAAGAAGUACGGAAAAGAAAGGAACUUGAACUCCAAAUAUUAACAGAAGCAAUCCGCUGCUGGGAAGGAGAGGACAUCAAAACACUUGGAAACGUUAUUUACAUGUCACAAGUCAUGAUUCAGUGUGCUGGUAGUGAGGAAAAGAAUGAAAGAUACCUUCUCCUCUUUCCUAACAUCUUGCUCAUGUUGUCUGCCAGUCCUAGAAUGAGUGGGUUUAUCUAUCAGGGAAAAUUACCGCUAACAGGCAUGACCAUCGCAAAGCUAGAAGAUAGUGAAAAUCACAGAAAUGCAUUUGAAAUAUCAGGAAAUAUGAUUGAGCGAAUAUUGGUUUCUUGUAACAACCAACAAGACUUGCAUGAAUGGGUAGACCAUCUGCAGAAGCAAACCAAAGUAACAACUGUUGGGACUCCUGCUAUUAAACCUCAUUCUGUGCCAUCUCACACGCUUCCUUCUCAUCCUGUAACACCAUCCAGCAAGCAUGCAGAUAGCAAGCAAAUGCCACUGACUCCAGUAUACCACACUCUUCCACACCCUUCACAUCAUGGGACACCUCAUACUACUAUAAACUGGGGACCUUUGGAGCCACCUAAAACUCCUAAGCCAUGGAGUUUAAGCUGCUUACGGCCAGCACCUCCAUUACGGCCGUCAGCAGCACUUUGUUACAAAGAGGAUCUCAGCAAAAGUCCUAAAACCAUGAAAAAACUUCUGCCUAAGCGAAAACCUGAACGGAAACCAUCAGAAGAAGAAUUUGCACUGAGAAAAAGUACAGCUGCAUUAGAAGAAGAUGCUCAGAUUCUAAAAGUCAUUGAAGCUUACUGCACAAGUGCCAAAACACGCCAAACACUAAAUUCAACAUGGCAAGGCACUGACCUGAUGCAUAAUCACGUCUUGGCUGAUGAUGACCAAUCAAGUCUAGACUCCUUGGGUCGUCGCAGUAGCCUUUCUCGUUUGGAGCCUUCCGACCUCUCUGAAGACUCUGACUAUGACAGUAUAUGGACAGCCCAUAGUUACAGAAUGGGGUCUACAUCUCGCUCCCGUAAAGAAUCUGCUCCCCAAGUGCUGCUUCCAGAGGAGGAGAAAAUUAUUGUAGAAGAAACAAAAAGUAAUGGUCAGACUGUGAUAGAAGAAAAAAGUCUUGUUGACACAGUAUAUGCAUUAAAGGAUGAAGUUCAGGAAUUAAGACAGGAUAACAAAAAGAUGAAGAAAUCUCUGGAAGAAGAACAAAGAGCUCGCAAGGAGCUUGAAAAGCUUGUCCGGAAAGUUCUAAAGAGUAUGAAUGAUCCUUCUUGGGAUGAAACCAAUUUAUAACAAAUUUACCAUUGUUUUUUUCUUUCUAUUGAAAGACCAGUUGUCAAAUCAAGCUGGGAAGCCUUCUGACAUUUAGUCAGUAUUGCACAAAAAGCGCUACAAAGCAGGACUUAACUGGACCGAAUGAUUUUUCUUUUCAUACAAUGUAUAAUAAUAACCAAUCCAUUCACUGAAGCGGUCUGUACUUAAGUGUAGAUAGUAUGGACCCUGAACUGAACUAGACUUGUGUGCAUUUAAAUUACCUCAUUUUGCAGCAAGUGCAACAGCAGGCUGAGAAGUCCAUGCUGCCCCCACCCCCUUGCCCAAAUUUUGUAAAUAUUAUCUGUAAUUUUAAAUGCAUAUGUGAUCAGUGGAUCAAGACUGAUACUGAGUUAUACGUUCUUCAUGUAAUGAUUGUAGCAGACAGACAUGGCAGUGCCUGAUGCUCUCAUAUAAUCACUCAAAAUUCUGUUUCAGAAUGAAUGGUUUUGAAUUGUUUUAGACAUAUUAGGCAUUAGUUGCAAAAUGUAUUUUUUGUAAUUCCCCAGUAUUCUGGUUUUUUAAAAAUAAUUUAAUUAAAUGUAUUUAUGUCUGUUUAAAACCUUCAGACACAAUAUUAACAUGCUUUUUAAAAACACCAAAUUGUCAAUGCAGUAAACUGGCAACUGGCACAAUUUCGUAUUCUAACUAGCAUCUUAAGAUCCAAGGCAGAUAGUUAAGUUUCUUUUGGCAUGGCAGUAUACAGAAUAACCAGUUAAAGGUGGAUGUACUUGCUCUUGUUGUUUUUUAAAGAUUAGUUAUUAUUAGAUGAUUUGUGUACUACAUUUUUUAAAAAAAUGGUUGUGCCUGUACUUUAACAUACAGCUGGCUAGUAUUUUAAUUGAACACUCAAGCACUGUUUCAAAACAGAAGUCCUAAUCAAGGGUGUGUGGGGCUUUUUGUUUUGUUUUAGGUUUUUGAAUGAAUAAAAUGUAUUAUUUAUUUUUUAUCAUGAUUGUAGCAAGGUUAGGUUAACGUAUGCAUGUAAAGCAUUUGGAAAACUCAAACCUCAGAACUGACAUUUGAUCUUCCACUACUGCGCAAAAAUAAUCCAUCCCCACCCCCAGGCAAGAUCAAGUGAAAUGAUAGUCCACUUAAUAUCCAUUCUCUUUAUGCAAGAAAUAAAGAAAAAGGAAGAAAAAGCAGUGCUGUAUGAAAAGAAAUCUCUUCAGUUUUCUCUACCCAUAUGAAAAGGCUCCUGUUUCUUUGGAAAACAUGGAGUUCAUAUGAUGAAAUUUAGCACUGUGAUAUUUUGUGUUGGCAGUCUGGAACUCUAUGAUGUACAGUUUGGACAGUAUAUACUUUAAAAUACCAUUGUGGUCAUGUAAUAUAUCUUUCAGUGCGUCAGACUGAAGGUUGCUCAUGGUUUUUGAAGGGAAAGGAAUUAAAGUAUUUGGCUCUUGAAAUCAGUGAAUCAAUUCAAAUCCUAGUAAUGUUAAUAUCAGUCUCACUGCUGACUUUGGGCAAGAUCCUACAGCAGAAUGCAUUAAAGAGAAACUGAAGAUUGCUGCUAAAGACGGCAUCCCUGUUUUGAGUUCUCCCCCUGCCUUAUUAUAUAGUAAAACUAUCCUGUGUCUUAAAGGCAUCACAUUUGUUACCAUACCUGUCUUCAGUUGGUGAUCUGGAGUGGGAAAACAUUUAUUGUGGUAAGAUCAGAACUCAUAAUUGCUUGUACUGAAUGUUACAGAAGGGAGAACCCAACAUGGGAAUGCCAUCUAAGUAGAUAGUCGUAUGUUUAUCAAAAUGUCACCCCUAAAAGAUGCCUUGGACACUGUACGCUAUAUGACUCUUGUAUUAAACAGGCAAUCCAUAUUCCCCACCCAUGGAGCAAUAAGACUUAGCUAUUUAUUGUUUCUCGCUGGCAGCAACCAGAAAUGGGCAGCUAUACUUCUGUUGAAAUAAAUGUGUAUUGUUAUGAUAAA